UAAACUAAAGAUUAGUAUUGUAUCCAUUAGUGCAGGUAUUUUAUUACCAGCAGUUGUUUUGUCGUGACAGUUCUAUUUAACAGGAUCUCGACGGUCAACGCCCGCAAUUGGAGUAGUUUUCGGAUAGCUACAUAUUAGCCUUAUGCAAGAAGAAAAUGGAUGCAAAGGAGAUAAAGACAUCAUUGAAGCAUGCUAGAGAAGCUAUCAGGAAGAAGGAGUAUAAAGAUGCCCUAAAACAUUGCAAGGCAGUUCUGUCUGGGGAUGGAAACAACUAUAUGGCCCUGGUACUGAUUGCUGUGGCUGCUGAAGGUUUAGAGCAGUAUGAUCAGGCAUUGAAGGCAUACAGGCGUGCUGUAGAAGCUGAUGAUUCACAGAUGUUGGCAUGGCAGGGUUUGUGCAGUUUCUAUGAGAAAAAUGCUAAGGCAGAGUUUGUUUCUGAUCAGAUAGAUGUCUACCUGAAAAUGCUGGAGUUCCAUGCCAGUGACAAAGAGAAGAAAAUAGAAUCUUUGCAGAAAUUAGUAAACUUGAUCGAUAAAAGCACCGAGAAAUCAAAACUAGAAAAGGUUAUUGAAAUAUGCAGAACCACAAUUAAAGAAGAGACUGAUGUAGAAAGGAAAACACAGUUGCAAGUCUCUCUCAUUCACAUACUGCAGCUGUCUGACACAGAUGACAAAGUUGAUCAGGUACUAGACUUGGCUAGAGAAGUGUUAGAGACUUCAAGUGACUUUGAUGAAGACAUAGAACAGAUUAUAUCAUUACAUCUCUCCUACCUUAUCAAGAGGAACCCCACAGAAGUUAACAAUGUGUGCUCUGUGUUACAUAAAAAGUUUCCACAGUCAACAGCAGUACUGGAAUAUUCUGUCAUAGUUUCUCUUGACCGUUCAUUAGGUGAGCAGAAAUUUGAUCCAUGUCAAGAAGUUGAGGAGAAAAUAAGUUCAUACCUGAGUAAGAUAGGUGAGGAAGCAACUGGAACAUCACUCGUAGCUCGGGGAUUUCUGGCUGCAUGUGGAAAAGACUACAGCGGUUCCAGAAAUAUAUUGAGACAAGUUCCAGAAGCUUGUAUGUUGGUUUGUGCUCCAUACUUCCAGGCUGUAACAAGCAUGUACUUACAUAAAUAUGAUGAAGUAUUCAACUUCUGUAAACAUGGGCUGAAACUGCUGCAGCGAAAAGACCGUAUUCUGACCAGGCCAAGUUCCGAGAUUACAAGUAGCUUCCAUUUAUUAAGAGUGAAUGCUCUUCUUGCUGUUGGAGACAAAUUAUCACUCUCUGUUGCUAUGGAAACCAUUGAAAAUGAGCUAGAUGCCAGUUCUGAUAUUGUUACUCUAAUGAAAGGACAUUUGCACUUGAAGCAGGGAGAGAUUGAAAAAGCAAAGACCUGUGUAGUUGGGAACAGUGUUGAGGGGAUUGUUUUGGAAGGUAUGAUUGCCCUAAAGGAAAACAGUUUUACAGAGGCAGCAGAAAGAUUUGAAAAAGCUGUAAAGAGUGAGCCAGAGAUUGUCAGUCACCAGGUGAAUCUAGCAAAAUGUUUGUGGAAGAUAGAGAACAGAAAACAGGAAUGCUUCACUAUGCUGCUGAAGGCAGCUAAACAAGACCCCUACAAUUCUGAGACGUUCCUGUAUCUAGGUCACUAUUACAGCCAGGAGGCAGAAGACAGUUCAAGGUCACGGAAAUGUUACCAGAAGGCAUUUGACCUUGACCCUCACAAUGAUAGUGCAGGGGAGGCAUUAUGUGACAUACUUAACCAACAAGGAGAAGAGGAACAAGCAUAUGCAAUACUGUCAAAUGUUACAAAGAAGGCUAGUGCUGGAUGUGCUAAGUGGGCGUGGUUAAGACUAGGACUGUACCAAGUGAAACAUGAGGAUCCUUCUAUAGCUAUAGCUUCCUUCCAGUCGGCAUUGAGGGCUGAUCCUAAAGACAACCACGUUUGGGAAUGUCUCGGAGAGGCUUAUUUAGCAAGAGGAAGUUUCACGGCAUCAUUAAAAGCUUUUACCAGGGCAUCAGAGUUAAACCCAGACUCAAUGUAUUGUCUGUUCCAGAUGGCAUCUAUCAAGCAGACAUUGGGUACAUACACUGAGGCUAUAGAGGAAUACAAGCUGAUAUUGGAAAAGUCACCUAACUAUGUUCCUGCUUUGAAAGGUGUUGGAGAGACAUAUGUUUUAGUUGCCAAGUCUUUGCUGUCAAAGUUUUUCCAUGGUCGAGCCAGAGAUACUGCCCAGUUAGCAGUGUUACAUCUUAGCAGGGCAGCUACGAUACGUCCAGAUCUGUCAUGUUUAUGGAAGCUAAUUGGAGAUGCCUGUACUAUCCUACAUGUUUUACCAGCUGAGAACUUCAGGUUUGAGAAACCAGACAAAGGUGUGCUUACCAAGCUUGAAACUCUUGAACUGGGGUCAAGGUGCUACAUCAGAGCUCUGAAAAUUCUCCCAGAAUGCUCUUCCCUUUGGCAUGACCUUGGGGUCAAUUAUAUCCACCAAUCACAGUGCAGCAGUGAAGAAUCUGCUAGCUCAUUGGCUGAAAGAUCAGUGCAAGCUUUAAAGAAGGCCAUUCAACUGGAAUCUACCAAUCAUAAACACUGGAAUGCACUUGGAUAUGUUGCAUGCUUGAAAGUUUACAACAAACCAGAUUUAGCUCAACACUGUUUUAUCAAGUCUAUUCAAGUUGAGAGUAAUAAUGUGAUAGCAUGGACAAAUUUAGCAGCUCUCUACCUUAGCAAGGAUAAUGUCAAGUUGGCCCAUGAAGCCUUCAAGAUAGCGCAGAGUCUGGAGCCGUCCUACGUGUCAUGUUGGAUAGGCCAGGCUACCAUUGCUGAGGUUGUUGGGCAUGAAGAUGCUAUGGACUUGUUUAGACAUACUACUGAACUUGGAAAUCAUAUUGAAGGUGCCCUGGGGUAUGGUCACUGGGUGUGCACUAUGUUACAGAACAUUGAUAAAAGGGACACAUAUAUGUAUACAUAUGCUAUAGAACAGAUGGGAGCAGUACCUGCAGCUUCUGAUGCUCUAGCUAGAUACACAGAUCGUGUGAAGACAAAUCCUUUAGCAUACAACAUGUAUGGUCUAUUGUUGGAAAGACAGAAAUUGUAUAAGAGUGCAGCUGAACAGUUCAAACAAGCUGUAUCACUGGUAGAACAUGAGGUGGACAAAAGCAUCCUGCCAGAGGUCAUGUGUAACUAUGCAAGACUUCUAUAUAAAGCAGGGGACUUCCAGCUGUCAUGUUCUGUUUAUAAUAAAGUUGCUGGUACUUGUGCAUUUAUGGACCUGUGUCAUAUGGGACUGGCAUUGUAUAAAACUGGGCAUCUUGAACUGGAGAGUUUCCAAGUGUAUACAAAAGCUGCUGAGAUGGCACAGACAGAUGAAGACAAGUCGGCUGUACUGACGGCACUAGCUAUGGUACUGUACAAGUUUGGAGACCUUGGCAAUGCUAAAACCAAUCUAUUCCAAAGCUCUCAGUUAUCUAAUCCGUGUGUUGCUGGUCUAAAGGCCCUGUGUGCCUUAGGUCUGAUACAGUCUGACCUCACCCUGGCUGAGGCUGUACUCCAGGAACUCUCCAGUUUAGGAGAUGACUCUAGUCACCUAUAUGAUAUCGCAUUGCUCGGUAUUGGUGUGGACAUGGUCAAGGGUAAUUUGAUAGAUGUGAAGAGGAAGCUGCAGCAUUUACUGCACAGAAAUCCUUGUCAGCCAAGGUUAUGGCACCUAUUGUCCACCAUACUUCUCAGAUUCUUCCCUGAGUUGGGAAAAUGUGCAGUGCAAGCUGCUAGGAACUCUGUAGUGAUAGAAAGUGCAGUGAAACAGACUGACUAUUUAUUACUUACGCUAAGUGAUAUGAGUGCAGGUAACCAUGGCAACCGUCAAAAUUCAUAUGAUGCUUUUCUGACAGCACAGAGAGCUGUUCGUUACAAUCCAGAAAAUCUAGACAACUGGGCCACCCUGGCUUCCGCUAUACAUGCUCAGGCUGUUCUCACACCAGGUUGGAAUAGAAGGCUUUCCCUGCUAAAACAUGAAUACACACUGCUGUGUUACAUUAGAACACAAGAUGUUUCACUGGCGUUGAAGUUCUGGUGUGCUAAACAGAAGAUUGUGUGUACAGUACAUGCUAACAUGCAUAAUGAGUUGAUGGAAUGUCUGGAUGAGUUGAUGACAGAGUUUGGAUCAGAAAUGGAGGUGAAGCAGAUGUUUGACAUGUUUAGUAACAUCCUACAGGAUAAUACAGGCAGUGUGGCUGCAGCUCUUGAUGAAACAUCGUCAUUAUACUACUGGCAGAUUCUGGUGGAAAUGUACAUUCGAGCUGGCUUAAUGAAAGAUGUUGAGACCACCUUAAAGCACUGUCAUUAUCGUGUGGCAAAGAGUGCUAAUCAAGUGUUUCUCCUCAAAAUGGCACAUCUGGCAUUUCAACAGAUUUUGACAAGUCCAGGAAACUCAGACCACUUCAGAGAAGUGUUUAAAGAAACUGCUGAUCAGUUACUGACAGAUGACCCAGAUUGUACUGUUGUUAACCUGAUGCAGGGAGUCCUUAAUCUACACACUAAUGAAAGGUUAGCAAAACAUCAACUUAAGAAGAUUCUAGACAGUCAUGUGACAGGAAGUAAAGGCCAUGACCUUUCUAUCGCAAGACAAGCUUUGAUACACAUUCUUGUGAAUACCAAGAAAGACUCAGAUCUUAUUCAGAGCAUCCUGGAUGAUGCCACAACAGCUGAGGAUACAGAGACAGUAAACUUUUACAACAAAAUAACUGUCUGAGAACAGUUCGUGGUGGACAAGAGGAGUACACAUUUGAUGGAACAAGCAGUUUUGAAAAUCUAUCUCAGACUAUAGUGCAACAGAACAACUGUGAAAUAAUGUAAUUUUGUGGCCAUGACAUUUCAUGGUUUUGGACAAAGUGGUUAUUUUGCUGUGAAAUGUAUUAGUGGACAUAAAUUGAAAUAGAAUUUUACAAGUUGAUAGGUAUUGAAUUUGGAGGAUUGACUCAACCACUAAAUCCACAAAAAUCAGUCCCCUUUAGAUAUUAAUUUCUCAGUACAUGUACUUGAAAUACAGAAAGAAAACAACUGUUUAUCCCUUCCCUUGCUAAAUUUCUAUAAUGAACUUGCCCAUCUUCCAGUUUGAACAGGACUAUUAGCUGUUAAAAGGGGUGCUUACCAAAAAGUUGAUCAUGAUCUACACUGGUCGCAAAGACAGUCAUUCGUGUCCAGCAUGGUAAGGGUUAUUGUCAAGGAGACACACAUGUUCAUGGCUGGUUUUCUACCUGGACAUACACAUCGUAUCAUGCACUAAACAACCAGAUUAAUGUUUUGACCAAUUUUAUUAGAAACUCCUGCUUUUUCUGCAAAUGAAAUAAAGGUUGAAACUCUU